UCCCGCUAUUUUGAUCUAAAUUUCGCGCCGAUUGAGUUUUGUGUUAAAAUAUGUAAUUUUGUGUUAAUAUUUUAACUUGAGAAUUUUCUAAGCAGAAAUAUUUGCAAGUGAUAUUUUGAACAGCUGUAGUAUUUUUAUUGUUUCUGCUGAAUUAAAUAUUCGGUAUAUUCUUCCAAGUGUCAGGUUCUAAAUUUGGCCAUGACUGAAAAAGUAGAUGAACUUGCUUUGCCGUCAGCUGUUAUUAUGAGAAUAUUGAAAGAUGCUAUUCCAGAUGGAAUAAAUGUGUCUAGAGAAGCUAGAGCAGCCGUUGCCAGAGCAGCCGCUAUUUUUGUCCUUUAUACAACUGCUUCUGCAAGCCAAGUCCAAGCUACUUCUCAGCGUAAGACACUUUCUGCGACUGAUGUUUUCUUAGCACUUGAGGACAUGCUUUUUGAAGAUAUGAUUGACCCUAUAAAAGAAAGCUUAAAUGCAUACCAUGCAGAAAAAGGGAAAAAAGACAGUUCCUCUACAUCUCCUACAAAAUCCAGUUCACUACCCAAAGCCAAAAAAAGAAGGAGCCAGAGUACAACUGCAGUUGAACCAGAGACUGCAAAUAUUAUUCUAGAAGCUAGUAGUAGUGAUCUUCAGUGUGAAGAAAUUGAAAUUGGAAAUUCAUCCACUUGCGCUGAUUGAAGGUUAACAGGAAUUUGAUAAGAAGGAAAUAAACAAUAUACUUGCCUUUAAUUUUAAUGGAAGUAGGAUGCUAAAGUUUACUUGUAAAUAUUAUUCUUCUGUCAUGAUUUUAUUAAAAUCAGUGUAUGUUUUAUAUAAUUUUUUAUUAUAUCUUAAAUAUUUAAACGGUAAAUUUUGUAUAUAAUUUUACAUUUUGUUUCUUGAUUAUUAUUCA